AUGGGUAUCGUUGCUUCCAAGGCAGAUCACAACACUCCUUUGUUGAUUCUGUGCAAAGAGAGAAAGGAACUGAUCAGAUCAGCUAGAGAUGCUCGUUACCACUUAGCCAAAUCUCAUCUUCUUUACUUUCGAUCUCUUUUGGAUUUCACUAACUCUAUUAAUCAGUUUGUGCACAAGGACUUGGUCGUGAUUCCCUUUUCAUCUGAUGACGAUUCGUGUAGCGAGAUUGUUUGUUCUGGAUCAUCAGAUUCAGAUUCUGAGUGUGAUUCAGACUCUAAUUCUCAUUGCUUAGUCUGUGAUGAAUCUCAAACAGCUCCGUUGAGCAAGGAUGAGGAUCAAAACUCGCAAAAACCCUCGUCUGGAGAGCAAGCUUGCGGCUCAAGUAACGGUGCUCAUGAGGGCAUGGAGAAGCAAAGUGAAGAUUUAGGGGUUGUGGAGAAAGUGUUCGUGAUUGCUCCGGUUGAAGAUGAGAAGAGAGUUUUGGAGACUUAUCCUAAUAUUAACCAGCAGAACAGUUUCCUUGAUGAUCAUGAUAUAUUGGGUUUGUACAUGGAUAACACGCAGCUGGUUUACACUGAACCGGAAGAGAAUGAUGUAUGGAGAGAGAUUAGGGAGAGAGAAGGGAUCCCUGAUUUGGAACCGGAUAGUGAUCACAACAGUCUUGUAAGGAAGAAUACGAGAAACAAGAAUGUUCAAGAAAGCUCUUCAACAGCUAAAGACACUAGGGAAGUUGAUAAAGAAAGCUCUUCAACUGCUAAUGUUGUAGGUGAAGUUGAUAAGAGUAAUGUUGAAGCAAACACUUGUAACGGUAAAGUUGAAGGUGAGGCUGAUGAUGUUGAUGCAACUUGCACACAAGAGAAAGAAACAAGUCCAGAGACUGCUACUGAAGUGACAAGAUCAGAUGAGGAGCUUAGUGAUGAAGCAUAUGAGUCUUCUUCUUCUUCUUCUUCUUGUUAUUCGGGUUCGGGCUAUACCGAUCUUAGGAACGUAGUAGAAAAGAUCAAUAGUAUAAGCAAGAAAGCUGCUGGUCAUAGAGAAGUCUCUGACUUGCUUGAAGUGAGUAAAGUCAUUCAUCAUCAACCCUUAGGAUCACAAUUCAAGGAACUUGCUUCAAGAGUACUCGGUAGUUCCAAAAACUCGACUCGUGCUUUGCUGUUAAGGCGUGGCUUACCGCAAGAAAGCCUCGUUGUCUCGCUUUCCAUGACACUAGAGAAGCUUUACGUGUGGGAGAAGAAACUUCACGCAGAAGUUACAGCCGAAGAAAAACUUAGGGUUUUGUACGAGAAAGGGUACAGUUUUCUGAAGAGCCUUGAUCAAAACGGAGCAGAGUCCAACGAGAUUUACGAGGCGGAAGUUGAGGUUAAGCUUCAUUUAUCAAAGGUUAAUGUUUCAGUUCGAGCUGUUGAGUCAGUUUCAAUGAGGAUUCAUAAGAUAAGAGACGAAGAGCUUUCACUUCAGGUUAAUAAGACCAUCAAUGUGUUCAAAGAGAUGUGGAGAUUCUUGGCGAAAUGUCACCAUAAGCAGUUUCAGUUGAUCACUAGAAGCAAUUCUUGUGUUCACAUUGAGAAAGGAUCAAGAAAAGUGACGCAGAAGGUUGAAGAACAGGUCAGAAGAUUCAGAGAGUCUUUAAGAGGCUACAUUGAUGCACAUAGAGGUUUCGUUAGACUUUUAAACGACUGGUUAAACAGAAACAUCAUGGAGGAGGACGACCUGACAAAGACCGAGGCUCCUGAUAUAUUUAGGGUCUGUAGGGAGUGGCUAAGAGAGAUUGAGAAUGUGGAUGAAGUCAAAGUGUUGAGUGCUGUUGAAGAGAUGGAGCUGAGAUUUCGAAGUUUAGGGUUUAAGCAAGUAGAGGAAGAGAAACAGAGGUUGAGAACAGAGAGAUUGUGUAAGGAGUUGGAGAUGAAGACUAAGGAAGUGGAGGAGAGUUGGGGACGGCAGGCUGACCAAGUGAUGGGACCCGAGCUGCUGUCUUUGAGAGAGAGUGCCUCUCACGAAAGAGUUAAGCAUGAGGGAGUGAUCAGAGAGAUAAACGACGCCGUAUCAGUGUCUUUGCAAGAGUGUUUGGUUCAUAUCUUUGAGGCCUUGGAGGAUUUUUGUUCUGGUAAUUUUAAGGCUUAUCAGAACAUUAGAAUCGGUUUGACAGAAACAGAAACUCUGUUAUUAUGUUAA